ACUCAUUGUAUGACCGAUGGGAUGACGUCAUCACUCCAUCUCUGGGUCCCACAAUCCCAUUCUUCUUCGACCCUUCCAAUCUGUCUCCCUUCCUCCCCCACGAGAACCUCCCAUAUAAACAUCACCUUCUUCUCCUCUCCCUCAGAGAAACUUCUUUCUUUGUAUAUUUAUUUCCGAAAAAUAAAAGCUUUCAUAUUCUCUGGGUUUUUGGAGAUAUGUGGACCUCCGGCGUAAAGGGUUCGAUCGCCGGUGGCGUUUUCCCGGUGAUCCUCCUCCUCCUGCUAUCCACGGCGAAGCCGGCGGCGGGUCAAUCCGACCAGAGAAACGAUCCGUACGAGUACGGUAAGGUCAGCCCGGUAUUGGCGGUGGUCGUCGUCGUCCUAAUCGCCGUACUUUUCUUUGUCGGCUGCUCCUCUAUCUACAUCCGCCACUGCACCCGCUCCCUCGACGCCAGCAACCCCCCCUCCGCAGCGGUGCGUGGGCUCGACGUGUCGGUCAUCGAGACUUUCCCCACGUUCGUGUACUCGGAGGUGAAGACGCUCAAGGUCGGGAAAGGCGCGUUGGAGUGCGCUGUCUGCUUGAACGAGUUCGAAGACGACGAAACGCUGCGUCUGUUGCCGAAAUGCGAUCACGUGUUCCACCCUCACUGCAUCGAUGCCUGGCUCGAGGGUCACGUGACCUGCCCGGUUUGCCGCACCAAUCUAGCUGAACCGGAGAUCAAACCGGAAGAACUAGAGACUGUCGGGGUGGACAUCGAGGCUCAACGCGAGGAAGUGACCGUACCGGUGUCGACAGUUGUAGUGCCCGAACCGGAUCGUCCAUGUGUGAACUUACCGAGAUCGCAUACCACGGGGCAUUCGCUGGUACAACCGGGGGAUAAUACCGAGCGGUUUACCCUCCGGUUACCAGAGGAUGUGAGGAAUCGGAUAAUGGCGAAUUGGAAGAUGAACCGGUCGAAUAGCCUCGUGGUUCUUCCGAGGGGAGGGAGCUCGAGGAGAGGUAAGCAGGUUGACCGGUUAAAGGUUCGGUCUGACCGGUGGUUGUUUCGCAAAACGCCGUCGUUUCUAUGGAGGAACUCCCGUGAAGAAGGAUCGAUUAAAUUGGGUGGAACCGGUGAUUCAGUACGGCCGGACCGGUGGGCUAUCCUUAGAAACCCAUCGUUCUUGUGGAGAAAUUCGUCGGUUCAAUCGCCGAGAGGAACCAAUAAGAACGGCGAAGGCAGUUCGGUUCAACCGGUCGGUACGGCUGGUUCGACUAGCGGUUCGCUUCGGCUACCGGUUUAGCUGCACUCUCUCUUUUUUUUAAAAAAAAAAAAACUACCAGAUCACUUUUUUUGGUGGGAUGUCUAUAAAAGCAAUAAAUUUUGCCAUUUUUUUCAUUUAUUUUAAAAUUUUAUUGUAACAUAAAAGAAAAGUCUAUCCCAAAGAGGAGGAUGUUGUUUAAUACGAAAAAUGAUUAAAUAUAAAUUCAAAUUCAAA